CAUAUGUGACAUAAGCGAAGCCGUGAAAAUUUGUAGUAGGGCAACCUUAAAUGGAAAUGUGAUAGAUUAAUAAGAACUAACUCAAAUACACAUGGAUUAGAGGCACAGAUGGGUCUCGGCGGUGUGUCUCUGUAGCCACCGGUAACACGUGGUGUUAUAAACCCAACGCUCUUCUGCUACCUGAAACGCCCCCCACCUCUUUGACGUGAUCCUGCGGGCGGUGCUGCGCUGCUGCGCUGCUGCGCUGCUCUCCCGCAUGCUGAAUACCUGCUGCUGGCUGGAUUCUGAGCUGUCCGGAGCCGCUUGACACUCUCCCGGUUUCGGUCUUCAUGUUUCAGUUUCUGUCUUUACACUUCUAUUGGUAUUUUCCGGCCUGACAGUCGGAGUUGGAGCGCUUCACAUUUGAUCUGACUUGUACCUGAAAGCAACGCGGCAGCAGCGCACGAAGGAAUGCAUUUUAACUCCGACACCUGUGUCCGAAAAUAAGCGACAAAAACAGACAAAUAAAGCAGCAUGGACGGCGCUCUUUCGUCGAGCUGUAGGCCGAUUGUCGGGGCCGCUUCAACGGAUGAAAGAGCUCCCGUCGGGAAGGCUCCGUCCCAGGUGCCCAUGAAGAAGCAAGCCGUUAAGAGACACCACCACAAACACAACCUGAAGCACAGGUAUGAGUUCCUGGAGACCCUGGGGAAGGGGACCUACGGCAAGGUGAAGAAAGCCAAGGAAAGAUCCGGCAGACUGGUUGCUGUGAAGUCAAUCAGAAAGGAGAAGAUCAAGGAUGAGCAAGACCUUGUUCAUAUUCGACGAGAAAUUGAGAUCAUGUCCUCGCUUUGUCAUCCCCACAUCAUCACCAUAUAUGAAGUGUUUGAAAACAAGGACAAAAUUGUGAUUGUGAUGGAGUAUGCCAGCCGGGGGGAUCUGUACGACUACAUCUGUGACAAGAGGAACAUCUCUGAGCGGGAGGCCAGGCACUUCUUCAGGCAAAUCGUGUCAGCUGUCCACUACUGCCAUCAGAAUGGAAUAGUGCACCGGGACCUGAAACUGGAGAAUAUUUUACUCGAUGGCAACGGCAAUGUCAAGAUUGCAGACUUUGGACUGUCCAACCUGUACCAAAAUGAUGAAUAUCUUCAGACUUUCUGCGGCAGCCCCUUGUAUGCUUCCCCGGAGAUUGUCAAUGGUCGGCCAUACCGUGGACCAGAGGUGGACACUUGGUCGCUUGGGGUGCUGUUAUACACACUGGUUCAUGGCACCAUGCCAUUUGAUGGAAACAGCCACAAGAUACUGGUCCAGCAGAUCAGCACCGGAAACUACCGGAAACCCAACAACCCCUCUGAUGCAUGUGGACUCAUUCGAUGGAUGCUGAUGGUAAAUCCUGAGCGCCGAGCUACAAUAGAGGAGAUUGCUGGACACUGGUGGCUCAACUGGGGCUACCAGCACCCGAUACUGAGUGAGAGAAAGAGCAGCACAGCAGAGCAGACUCCUUCCCCAGUAUCUCCAUCAACAUCACAUCCUGCUGGUUUGGCCAGUGUUGCUAGUUGGCUGAGGCGCACAUCAAGGCCUUUGCUGGAGAACGGCUCCAAGAUGCGCUGCCUGCUCCGUUCACAGGGCGGUGGAGGGGAUGUAGUCCGGCAGCGCUCUCUGCGAAGGUCACGUAAGGAGAAUAAUGUCUCCCAGACAGUUCAUGAAGGAAGCACAGACACUCGACCCUCCAAGGGUAUCCUGAAGAGACGUAACAGCGUGAAACAGAAGGCGAUGACUGAAACCCCAGCUGCAGGUUCAGUGGAUCCGCAGAAUAUUUUGGGUUUGUCUGCACCAGCUGAUGCUCCUUCAGAUGCAUUGCUGCCUCGCAAAGGUAUCCUAAAGAAGCCUGCAGAGCACGAGUCAGGGUACUACUCUUCUUCUCCUGAGAACAGUGACUCUGGCUGGGUACCACCAACUAAAGAGUGCCCUUCAGCACCAACCUACAGGAAGGGCAUCCUCAAACGUAAUGGAAAGUUCUCCUCAGGUGGGCUGCAGGAGUUUGGCUCUCUGGACCAGCUGGCAGCUUCUUUACCUCGCAGCAGCACCAGGUCCAGACCGAGCGGGGCCAUCAGUAAAGACAGCAUUCUGUCUUCAGAAUCCUUUGAUCAGCUGGAUCUGCCAGACCACGUGAGACCUCCAACAGAAGUAGAUAAACCAGCCAAGGCAAGCAUGAGAGGCUGCGUCUCUGCUGACAACCUGCUGGACAUCCAAGAAGACCGGAUCCUGGCUGACGGGCUGCUCAAGUCCUGGAACUGCUAUGAGUCUGGAGUGGCUGACAGUGCUUUCUCCAUCACAGACUGUGAUAAUGUCACAGAGGCUUACAAACAGGCCAUGGUUAUAAGAGGCUCUGCAGCAAGCUGAAGACCAGUAAUUUGGAGAGGACUCAGAAUAAAGAAGUGUUUUUCAUUCUGAAUUUUUAAGUGACUGUAAACUACUGAAGAAACGAGAGCCAAAGUGCAUUAUGUGAAAAUACCGGCACACUGUGGAGGUGAUCAUUUUUGACUAUCUUCAGGAAUUACACAGUACCAAAAAGGGAGGAGACUUGCUGUUAACCAUCAGAUUGUAUUUUAGAGGACUGAUCCUAAAGUGAGGUAAUUAGAUUGGUUGUCAUUUUAAUUGGAGUAAAAGAGGCUAAAAAUCAUCAGAUGGCACCAAAAUGAAAAGUAGCUGAGUGAUAAUCAUUUCAAAGAAUCUCAGGAGAAGAGAGAUGCUGGUGGUCAAUCUGUAGCUCUAGUAUUCGGUGUGAGAGCUUACUAUCAAAUGUGUAGUUUCAGAGAGAAUUGACAUCAAAACCAAAACACCAGAUCAAGUUUUGAUGUUACUUCAGUGACAGUCAGACAGGAAACUUUUGUUCACAGUCACAGUAGGACUGAUGAUUGAAUAUAGCUCAUUUCGUCAGAUUUAGAACCGAAGGAUACACAAUCCACAAAGUCAGUUUGAGAAAGGUCUGUCUUUGUCAUUUGGAUUCUAGUUUUGUUAUCACCUGUCAACAUUAUCUUCAUCUAGAAUAAUAACAGCAGUACACACAGGCUUAAUGUUAGGAUGGCUUUUCUCUUGUACCAUAUACUAGUUUCUACUGUUCCAGGAUGAGGGGAGCACGACGUUUCAUGGAUACCAAAGAGCAAAGCUUUUUGCUUAUAUGUAAAAGAACCAGCAAAAAGUGCCCGAUGAAAAUGUUUGUAACAGGAACUUAAGCUCUCAAAGAGUGAUUUUUUGUUUUGUUUUAUUGUUUUCCUGAAAUGACUUGUUCUGUGUUUGGAUAAUGACUUGAAUAAAAAUAAUGACUCAGAACAAGUGUAACCAGCAGAACCUGCUUUUGCUCUAAAGCCUACACUGAUACAGGUGCCUGCUUCCCAGAAAAGGUUGGGCUCAUUCAAGGACCAGUGUGUACGAUUUGAGGUUAUGCUGUAGCUGUGCAAACACACAUCUAUAGAUACUACUGACGUGUAGUUGUUCUUCUACUACUUUCUGAGCACGAUCCAAACAUUUGAGGUGUAGUGGCAUCAAUGUAUUCCAGUGCAGUUGGAGAGUCUUGUAGCAAAGUAGUUAUGCACAGGCACAAUAUAUCUGAGGACACACUUACCUUCACACAGAACCACACAUGCACCUUCUGAUGACAAAAUCUACAUCACUUAUACUGUAGUGGACCAUUAUGCACUCAUGGCUGCAAACAGCAUAACACAGUAGUUAUGUUUUAAUUAGCAUAUACGGUAAUCACCUGUAACUAUGCAUCGCUGUGUUUUCACUGACAGAAUAAACCCUUCAUAUGUACAGAGUGAGGAGCCUCUUCUACAGAGCUUGCCAUCUUUCUACAGUAAAGCUGACAAGAAAAGUACUGGCUCUGCAAAUGGCCUUUUUGCAGUUUUAAAUCAUACACACUGGUCCUUUUAAGUUGUUCCAGAUUUUUUUUGGGAGGCCAACGGCAGCAUGUACCCCGGCUAGCUACUGUAUGCUUUUGUAUAUUUACACUUCAUUUUUAAGAUCAAUUCUGGAACGGGGGGGGGGGGGGGGGUGAUGCAGUAUGUUACAAAGCUAGAUAAGGUCAGCCAACUCAAAUGUUAAAAGCUGCUAUUCUGUAUCUUCUUUAGAUGCAAGCAAAACUCUAUACUUGGGUUAGAGGUAAAAUCAUGACGCGUGUAUGCAGAUGAUCAUUAAUUGAGUUUGAGAGGAUAUUUUAUACUACUGUCUGUAGCUACCUGGCUGACUUGGUGAUCCUGAGGAAGGUACACCGGGACUUUCUAGCAGCACACUGGAGUUAUCCAACUUGAGGGGCAUGCUGGCUUUAGAUUGGAGCACCAAGCCUGGAGUGGCACUUCCAGGCCACUGAAACCUAAUAAUCAUACAGUUUAUCUAUCAGCUACAAUUCAAAUCAAUCAGGAUUUCAAAGGUAAAUUCUUGACAUGUUUGGAACCUUAUGGAUUGUAUUAAGGACUGAGCUACUCUCACUGUUACGGACUGUUGAUCAUUUAUUAUUGAAGUGUGACAGGGAAAACAUGAAGUCAGCGGUUGGGAAGAUCUGUUGAAUUUUUGUAUAAUUUAAGGAGUACUUGGGCAUUUCGUCAUUGCUUUUUGCCUCUCUCUUUUCAUUAUCCCAGAAGUUGCAGUAUUCAGGUUCAGUUCAUGUUUUUUGUAUGACUGCAACAAAAACCAUUUGCCAAAGUAACUGGCUUGUCAUGCAUUUGACUGAUCUACCAUGUUUUUGUGACUCAGAUGAGGAAAUCAAUUAAAAAAAAAAAACACACCAAAGA